ACAUUACGCUUACGCUAACCGUAGUAAACAACUGUCAGACGUCCGUAACUGAAUAGUGCUUUGGAAUUUUGUCAUCAUGAGUGCCACACCAGUUAAAGCUAAGAAGGCGGCAAAGCCUAAGAAGCCAGCCGCUCAUCCUAAAUAUAUUGACAUGAUCGUGAAGGCUGUCGCAACGUUGAAAGAACGUGGAGGUUCAUCGAGGCAGGCGAUAUUGAAAUAUAUCAUGAGUAACUACAACGUUGGGAAAGAUGCCGCGGCUGUCAACUCGAGACUUAAGCUCGCACUGAGGAGAGGUGUUCAGAAAGGCGCUUUGAAACAGGCAAAGGGCACUGGUGCAUCCGGUUCUUUCCGAGUUGGGGAGGCAAAGGCACCUAAGAAGAAGGCCGUUAAACCAAAGAAGGCCAAGAAGACUAAGGCAAAGAAACCAGCAGCCGAGGGAGCUGCAGCCGCGAAACCUAAGAAGGCAAAGUCUCCAAAGAAGGCAAAGAAAGCAGCAAAGCCGAAAAAACCGAAAACCCCUAAAAAGGCGAAGGCAGCAAAACCCAAGAAGGCGAAAUCUCCUAAGAAGGCAGCAAAGCCGAAGGCAAAGAAAUCACCGAAGAAGGCAACAAAGAAAGCAGCUAAGAAGUGAUUUGGUUUAACUGCUGGACAGUGACUGUGUAUAUACUUUGUACAUUAAACGGUGUAAAUAGGUCUACUUGUAAAUUAUUCAAGUAAGUUCAUCCAGGAUAUCGUUUUCGUUCAUUAAAUGCAUUAACUCUCAGAAAGGCAGCUCUUUUCAAAAACUGUAGAAUGGAUAAAUCUAGUGAACAGUGGACUUCGUGGGACAUGGGACAUUUUAUACCGGGAAUCCAUCAACCAAAGUUUGUGCACAAAACGUUUGCUUUAUGGAUUAACGCUGUGCCGGUUCCAGGACCAUCAUCGACUGUUUUAAUCAUUUCUACAUGUAUCAUUAGUAUUCAUCUCAUUUGUCAUUUUCGAUAAUUUCAUAUUUAUUGCAUUCUCUUGUUCAUAUUUUUUGUAAAAACUUGUUUGAAAUGACGUCAUUUGAUAGUAAUUUUUCACUCUGUGAGUGUUUUUUGUAACGUAAAUUAGAAACGAAACAUAAAGUUUACUCAUUGCUUCAUUCUAAUUUAUGUUGUUUAUGAAUUAAAGAUAUUGAAAUUUUAA